AUGUCCAGCCCGUGGUCGCUCGUCCUUUCCGCCGUCAUGCUUGCGUCCGCGCUCGCUGUGGCCCUCCUGCGGAACAGCAAGACGCGGGCUUUGCCUCCCGGCCCGCCGGGACACUGGCUGUACGGAAAUGCACCCCCGACGUCGUUCGCGGCCCUGACGUAUGCGAAACUCGCAGACACUUACGGCCCCGUAGUCUCGCUGCGGUAUGGCCUGAGCCGGGUCGUGUGCGUCGUCGGACGGUAUCAGGCGGCGGUGGAUAUCAUGUCCAAGCACUCCGCCGAGACCGCAGACCGCCCUCGCGUCGUGGCCGGCAACGAAAUCCUCUCCAAGGGAUUGCGUGUCUUGAUGACUCGCGCGGGGGACCGUCUCAAGAGGAACAGGAGGGCGCUGCACGCCUUCCUCCAGCCCAGCAUCGCAGCGACGUACAAGCCGUUCCAGUACAAGAACGCCAAGUACUACAUCCUAGACUGCUUUCACGCCCCCGAAGAACACAUCAACCACGCCAAAAAAUACGCCGCGAGCAUCGUCAUGUCCAUCGCGUUCGGCAAGACGACCCCGACGUCGUACUCCGACCCCGAGGUCGUCGCGGUGAACACCUGCCUCGCGCGCUUCGGCGCCGCUCUCCGCCCCGGUGCGCACCUCGUCGACACCUACCCGUUCCUGCAGUACGUCCCCGGCUACGGCGCGCAGCUCCGCCGACACCAGCAGGAGGAGUACGCGCUGUACCACGGCCAGAUCGAGGGCGUCCGCCAAAAAAUGGCGAAGGGAGACGCCGCCCCGUCGUUCACGGCGUACAUGAUCGAGAACAAGGAGAAGCUGGGGCUCUCGGAGGACGAGCUCGUGUAUCUCGCCGGCUCGAUCUUCGGCGCCGGCUCUGACACGACCGCCGCGGCGAUGAGCUUUGUGAUGAUGGCGGCCGCGUGCCACCCCGAGGCGCAGGCCAGAGUGCAGGCCCAGCUGGACAAGGUCGUCGGCCGCGACAGAGCACCGACAUUUGACGAUGAGGAAAUGCUGACCGAGGUCACCGCGUUUGUGCUCGAGUCGUACAGGUGGCGCCCUGUCAGCAUUGGAGGGUUCGCGCACAGAGUGACGGAAGACAUUGUAUGGAACGGCUACGUGAUCCCCGUCGGCACGGAAAUCAUCGGAAACCACUGGGCCAUUUCUCGUGACCCCGAUACGUACCCAGAGCCCGAAAAGUUCAAGCCCGAGCGCUGGAUUGACGAGCAGGGGAAACUCAGGAAGGAUCUCAAGUUCUUCAACUUUGGCUUCGGGCGCAGGGUCUGCGUUGGGCAGUACGUCGCGGACAACUCGCUGUACAUCAAUACUGCCCUGCUGUUGUGGGCAUUCCAUGUGGCCCCAGUGCCCGACAAGCCGAUCAACACGAUGGCGUUCACCGACACGGCGAACACGCACCCGCUCCCGUUCGUGACGUCGAUGACACCGAGGAUUGCGGACUUGGAGCGCAUCCUGGGCGCGGACGACUAG